AUGCACUACAGUGACUUACUUGAGCUUGAUGACCUGCUUAAUCCUACAGAUGAUCUUCUGGAGGCUAUCUAUUCGAACACAAAGCUAGAUUUCCUCCUUCGGGGUGCCAACAACAAGGAAGUCGCCGCUCCAAGUAAUGCAAGUACUGGUAACAAUGAAUCUAGUGCUGAUGAGGGAAAUCUACUAGAAGAAGAAACUGCUUUGAUCAAAACAGAAGACAAAGAAGUCCAAAACCGGUUUAAAGUACCAACCAAUUCAUUAAAAAAAGUUCUUGUGGGUGCUCAUGAGGGCUGGGUCCGUUCUUUGACUGUGGACCCAGUUUCAAACGAGUGGUUUGUCUCUGGAGGCGGUGACAGCAAGAUCAAAAUAUGGGACUUGGCUAGCGGAUCCUUAAAGGCAUCACUUGAUGGCCACAUUAUGGCAGUGAGGGCGCUUACAGUGUCUAAACGGUAUCCAUAUCUCUUUUCAGGUGCAGAGGACAAGACAGUAAGAUGCUGGGACUUGGAAAGAACAAAUUCCCCCGCAGGAUGUCAAAUUAGAGACUAUCACGGCCACGUUGGUGGAAUUUACGCCAUAGAUUUACAUCCAGAGCUUGAUUUGCUAUUUACUGGUGGACGAGAUGCUGUCGUACGAGUGUGGGAUAUACGAAGUCGAACUCAAGUGAUGGUACUUACAGGCCAUCGAGGUGACGUUUCAAGCAUUGUAUCCCAAGUUGGUGAUCCCCAGGUUUGCUCGUCGUCAAUGGAUGGCACUGUUCGUCUUUGGGACUUGAGAAAGCAGAAGACACAUUUAACUUUGACCCAACAUAGCAAAUCGGUUCGCCUGUUGGUGAUGCAUCCACACGAAAUGACCAUGGCGUCUUGUGACUCCACAGGACGCAUACGAGAAUGGCUACUCCCUGGAGGAGAGCUUCUUUCUGAAUUUGGCAAGACAGGAAUGGAUGCAAUGUCUCCAGUGAUCAACACAAUGGCUAUCAAUCCAACAUCAAACGAGCUUUUCGCCGGUCACGCAGACGGCAAAAUGGCUUUUUACGACUACGAAUCGGGACAAGAGUUGUCCACUGUUUUGCAAAACCCUGUUCCAGGGAACGAUACCUGUACUAUUUAUACAUCAGCCUACGACAUGCUGGGUUUGCGUCUUAUUACUGGCCUGAGCGACAAGAGCAUCAAAAUAUGGAGCACAGAGGACUCUUGA